AAUUCUGUCUCUCUGUUUCAAGUCAUACUAGGGUGGUCAAACAAGCUUUGAUGAAGCACAUAAACCCUGUGAUAGCUUCGGGGAAGUUGCCUUUUAACCCGGAUGUAUUUCACGUAGUAGCGUGGUCUCGAACCGAGUUUAGAGGUCACUGGUGAUUAAAUAAUGACUGUCCUCGUACUAUUAGUAGUUAAGUACUACAUAGAAAUGAGGUCCAUGACAUCAUAUUGAGCGCAAUAUAUAAGAAGGUUGGUUGAGCGUCGUCUUCCUACCACACUCCCCAAUCGCAGCACUGAACAUCAAAAAAAAUAAUCCCAAAGUUCGAACAAAAUGACCAUCGCAUUAGUCGUUGGCGCUUCUCGUGGGCUCGGAUUAGAGCUUGCAAAGAUAUUGCAUGACAGGAACUUCCAAGUCUUCGCCACUUCUAGAUCGCCUGCUGCCCAUAUUCGCAAAGAGUUGGGACCUGAUUUCCCCCAAGAUAUCAACAUCAUCCCAAACAUUGACCUGACACAAAGAAAUGCUGGAGAGCGAAUCGUGAGUUAUCUCAAAGGAGAUCUGGGACUCGGUGUCGGCCUGGAAGAGACGAGAAAGCUAGACUUGGUCAUAAUGAAUGCGGGAGUGUUCAAAGCAGAUACUCUGGAAAAUCCAAACUGGGAAGACCUUCUCGAAAUGCACAAAGUAGUGUCUAUUGCUCCGCUAAUGGUCGCAAGUAAUUUAUACAACUCUUCCCUUUUCGCUACCCCCUCAAAGUUCGUUAUCAUCACCUCCGAAGGCGGAUCCAUCGCACUCAGGACUAGACAAGAAGGAGGCGGCAACUACGGACACCAUUCGAGUAAGGCCGCAGCGAACAUGGUCGGGAAGCUCUUAUCGAACGACCUAUACGAUAAGCAGGUCACGGUUGGCUUGAUUCAUCCGGGAUUCAUGAAGACUGAUAUGACGAAAGGUGUAGGAUACGACGAGUUCUAUGACUCUGGUGGAGCUGUAGAACCGUCUGAAGCGGCCGAAACAACAGUUGAAUUCAUAAUGAAAAAGCUAUCGCACGAUUUGUCGGGAACAUUCUAUGCUCCCAGAGGUCCAAGAGAUAUUGGACAAGCAGAGCGCGUUUUGAUUCCGGUUAUGGGGAAGGAAUUACCUACGCCGUUGCCUUUGCCGUGGUGA